AUGGGUGUCGGCCGGAGAAAGUUGGUUCCAUUCUGGGUCUUAGCCCUGGCCCUGGCCUGCAGCCAACACACAGGCCAGGCCCAACAGGACACUCUGAAAUCUUACCAUGAACACCGCUCUGACUCUUCUCACCCUCAAGGGCAUGUUGGUACCCCGCCUCUGAAGACCAUUCCGGUGGUACGAGCCCUCAACCCAGAACAUACCAGGCGGGUCUGCAGCACAUGGGGCAACUUCCACUACAAGACCUUUGAUGGACAGGUCUUCUACUUCCCUGGUCUCUGCAACUAUGUGUUCUCUGCACACUGUGGGGCUGCCUAUGAGGACUUCAAUAUCCAGCUUCGUCGUAGCCAGGAGUCUAAUUCCGCCACACUGAGCAGGGUCAUUAUGAAGCUGGAUGGCCUAGUUGUUGAGCUGACCAAGAGUUCUGUCCUAGUCAAUAAUCACCCGGUCCAGCUGCCCUUCAGCCAGUCUGGGGUCCUCAUUGAGAUCAGCAAUGGCUACCUGAAGGUGGUGGCUAGGCUGGGGCUGCUCUUCAUGUGGAAUGACGAUGACAGUCUUCUGCUGGAGUUGGACACCAAAUAUACCAACAAGACUUGUGGUCUCUGUGGAGACUUCAAUGGGAGUCCAAUAUCCAGCGAGUUCCUUUCCCACAAUGUUAGGCUGACACCCCUUGAGUUUGGGAACCUUCAGAAGAUGGAUGGCCCUACAGAACAGUGCCAGGACCCCCUCCCUGUGCCCCAGAAGAACUGCUCCACCAGAUCUGGAGUCUGUGAAAAGAUCCUGAAAGGUGAGCUGUUCUCAGACUGUGCAGCCCUGGUGGACAUCAACAGCUACCUGGAGGCUUGCCAGCAGGACCUCUGUCUCUGUGAGAGCUUGGAUCCAUCUGACUGCAUCUGCCAUACUCUGGCUGAAUAUUCCCGGCAGUGUGCACAUGCUGGAGGACAGCCCCAGGACUGGCGGGGUCCCAACCUCUGCUCCCAGACGUGUCCCCUCAACAUGCAACACAAGGAAUGUGGCUCACCCUGUGUGGACACCUGCUCCAAUCCCCAGCAUUCCCAGGUCUGUGAGGACCACUGUGUUGCUGGCUGCUUCUGUCCUGAGGGUAUGGUGCUUGAUGACAUCAACCAGACAGGCUGUGUCCCCGUGUCCCAGUGUGCCUGCCUGUACAAUGGGACAUUUUAUGCACCUGGUACCAGUUACUCUACUGACUGCACCAACACAUGCUCGGGAGGUCAGUGGAGCUGCCAGGAAGUCCCAUGCUCUGGCUCCUGCUCCGUAAUGGGAGGCUCCCACAUCUCCACAUUUGAUGAAAGGCAGUACACAGUACAUGGGGACUGCAGCUACGUGCUGAGCAAGCCCUGUGACAGUAAUGCCUUCACUGUGCUGGCUGAGCUGCGGAAGUGUGGAUUGACUGAAAGCGAGACUUGUCUGAAGACUGUGACAUUGAACUUGGAUAGGGGGAAGACGGUGGUCAUGGUGAAAGCCACUGGAGAGGUCUUUGUGAACCAGAUCUAUACCCAGUUGCCAGUGUCUACAGCCAAUGUUACCUUCUUCCGGCCUUCAACCUUUUUCAUCAUUGGUGAGACCAACCUGGGUUUACAGCUUGAGAUUCAGCUGAUUCCCAUUAUGCAAACGUCUGUGCGUCUGACACCUGAGUUCAGGGGGCUAACCUGCGGGCUCUGUGGUAACUUCAACAGUAUGCAGGCUGAUGACUUCCAGACCAUGAGUGGUGUUGUGGAAGGCACAGCAGCUGCUUUCUUCAACACCUUCAAGACUCAAGCGGCUUGUCCCAAUGUCAAGAAUAUCUUUGAGGACCCCUGCUCGCUCAGUGUGGAGAAUGAAAAGUAUGCUCAGCACUGGUGUUCUCGGCUGACUGAUGCCAGUGGCCCAUUUUCCCAGUGCCAUGCCACCGUGAACCCCAGCACCUUCUUCUCGAACUGCAUGUUUGACACGUGCAACUGUGAGAAGAGCGAGGACUGCAUGUGUGCGGCCCUGUCCUCCUAUGUGCGUGCCUGUGCUGCCAAAGGCGUGCUGCUCAGUGACUGGAGGGAUGGCAUCUGCACAAAGCCUACAAUUACCUGUCCAAAGUCAAUGACUUAUCAAUACCAUAUCAGCACCUGCCAGCCCACCUGCCGUGCUCUGAAUGAGGAAGAUGUCACCUGCCAUGUCAACUUCAUCCCUGUAGAUGGCUGCACCUGCCCCAAAGGCACCUUCUUAGACGAUUCGGGCAAAUGUGUACAGGCUACUAGCUGUCCUUGCUAUUACAAGGGAUCCACAGUUCCCAAUGGCGAGUCUGUGCAUGACAAUGGGGCCAUUUGCACCUGCACCCAAGGAGCACUGACUUGUAUCGGAGGUCCUGCCCCGACUCCAGUGUGUGACGCACCCAUGAUCUAUUUUGACUGUCGCAAUGCCACACCUGGUGACACUGGAGCUGGAUGUCAGAAGAGCUGUCACACCCUAGACAUGACCUGCUACAGCUCCGAGUGUGUGCCUGGCUGUGUGUGCCCGAAUGGGCUGGUGGCAGAUGGCAGUGGAGGCUGUGUUGUUGCUGAGGACUGUCCUUGUGUGCACAAUGAGGCCACCUACAGGCCCGGGGAGACCAUCCAAGUGGGCUGCAACAACUGCACCUGUGAGAACAGGAUGUGGCAAUGCACAGAAAAACCUUGCCUGGCCACCUGUGCUGUGUAUGGGGAUGGCCACUACAUCACUUUUGAUGGGCAGCGCUACAGUUUCAAUGGGGACUGCGAGUACACACUGUUGCAGGACAACUAUGGUGGGAACGGCAGUUCCCAGGAUGCCUUUCGUGUUGUCACUGAGAACAUCCCCUGUGGUACUACAGGAACCACCUGCUCCAAGGGCAUCAAGAUCUUCCUGGGGAACUAUGAGCUGAAGUUGAGCGACAGCAAGAUGGAGGUGGUCCAGAGGGAUGAGGGGCAGGAGCCCCCCUACUUCGUCCACCAGAUGGGCAACUACCUGGUGGUGGAAACCGACAUUGGCCUGGUGCUCUUGUGGGACAAAAAGACCAGCAUCUUUCUCAGACUCAGUCCUGAGUUCAAGGGCAAGGUCUCUGGCCUGUGUGGGAACUUUGACGACAAUGCCAUCAAUGACUUCACCACACGCAGCCAGUCUGUGGUCAGUGAUAUGCUAGAGUUUGGAAAUAGCUGGAAGUUGUCUCCAUCCUGCCCGGAUGUCCUGGUGUCCAAGGACCCCUGCACUGCCAACCCUUACCGAAAGUCCUGGGCCCAGAAGCAAUGCAGCAUCAUCAACAGUGCAACCUUCUCUGCCUGCCAUGCUCAUGUGGAGCCGGCCAAGUACUAUGAAGCUUGUGUGAGUGAUGCCUGUGCCUGUGACUCAGGAGGUGACUGCGAGUGUUUCUGCACUGCUGUGGCCGCCUAUGCCCAGGCCUGCCAUGAAGUGGGAGUGUGUGUGUCCUGGAGGACACCAGACAUCUGCCCACUGUUCUGUGACUACUACAACCCAGAGGGUCAGUGUGAGUGGCACUACCAGCCGUGUGGUGCCCCCUGCAUGCGCACCUGCCAGAAUCCUACUGGACAGUGCCUACAAGAUCUUCGUGGUCUGGAAGGCUGCUACCCCAAGUGCCCACCAACAGCCCCCAUCUUUGAUGAGGGCACGAUGCAGUGUGUAUCCAACUGUACAGUCACCCCCUCACCUCUUCCGCCACAUCCCUGCCGCAUCAAUGGAAAGUUGUACUGGCCAGGUGCAUCAGUACCUUCAGACAAAAACUGUUAUUCUUGCAUUUGUACGGAGAGUGGUGUGCACUGUACCUAUGAUGCUGGUGCCUGUGUCUGUACCUACAACGGGCAACAAUUCCAUCCUGGGGACAUCAUCUACCACACAACAGAUGGCAUGGGAGGCUGUAUCUCUGCACACUGCAGGGACAAUGGUACCAUCGAGAGGAGUGUUGACACCUGCAGUCCCACCACUCCCACACCCCCCACCACUUUCUCCUUCUCCACACCGCUUGUCAUGACCUCAAUGCGACCUUCCAGCACACACUCCAGCCCUACUCCGAGUGUAGCAUACCCAGGGUCCCCAAGCAAGGCUGCGUCGACAACCAGCAGCAUAUUGUCUGUGAAGACCCCUGUCACAGCCCCUAUCUUGACCACAUCUACUUCGGCCUUCACCGUAACCACAUCAGGUUGCCAAGAGGAGUGCCUCUGGUCUCCCUGGAUGGAUGUCAGCCGUCCUGGACGUGGCAUUGACAGCGGUGAUUUUGACACUCUGGAGAACCUCCGUGCCCAUGGCUACCAGAUAUGCCAAGUGCCAAGAGCAGUGGAGUGCCGUGCUGAGGGUAGCCCUGAGGUGCCUCUUCAUGCACUGCAGCAGCAUGUGGAGUGUAGCACAACUGUAGGGCUAAUCUGUUACAACAGUGAUCAGGUGUCAGGGCUCUGUGACAACUACCAGAUCAAAGUCCAGUGCUGUACCCCCGUCAACUGUCCAACCUCCAGUGGUCCUACCCAGACCACCCAUCUGAUAGUCUCCAGGACAACUACCAUGGGGGACACAACCUCCACGGUCCCUGUCACCUCAACUGAGCACACAUACAGCGCAGCUACCUCAGGUCCUUCUACCCAUAUCCCAGGUCCUCCACCCUCUUCCUCAGUACCUUCUUCAUCUGCUCCAGCUCCAUCUCCUCCUGCCCCAGUCAGUUCUACCACUGUUAAAACAACUCUGCCCACCACUAGCCCAACAUCAGAGUCAACUUCAGCCACAUCAUCUGUAUCCCUCUCAACCUCAGGGUCCACCAUGGCCUCCUUUGAGACAACUCAUGUGUGCAAACAGGAGCUUUGCAACUGGACCAGUUGGAUAGAUGGCAGCUACCCUGGGGCUGACAGAGACAGUGGAGAUUUUGACACCUUUCAAAACCUGAGAUCCAAAGGAUACAAGUUCUGUGAGAAGCCACGAAAUGUUGAGUGCAGGGCUCAGUUCUUUCCUAACACACCACUGGAGGAGCUGGGGCAGGAUGUGACCUGCAACCGAGAGGAGGGUUUGGUCUGUUUGAACAAGAACCAGCUGCCACCCAUUUGCUACAACUAUGAGAUCCGGAUAGAGUGCUGCACAGCGGUAAACAACUGUUCUCCAACUUCAGCUACCACACAUCCGCCAUCACAUGGAGUCAGCACGGAAACAAAGACCAACUGGACCACAACGAUGUAUUCCUCUUCCACCAAGGACACCAGUAGUCACUCAGCAACCACAGACACAAAGACUUGGGUCUCAGGUAGUCCACACACAACCACUCAACCAGUGACCACCCACUGCCAGCCGCAGUGCAACUGGACCAAGUGGUUUGACAUUGACUUCCCGGUGCCUGAAAGUACAACAUCCACUCCUAAACUGACCUCCAGCCAGCCAGCCAGCACAGUGUCCACCAGGGACACCAGCACCAGCUCUAGGCAGACAGCCAGCAGCACCUCAACACUCCAUACCAGCUCACCCUCCAGAGGAAAAGUAAGCACCACGCUCAAAACCCAAAGCAGCUCAACACCUAUAGGAGAAGCCAGCACUGUUUCUACCAGGGGCACCAGCACCAGCUCUGGGCAGACAGACCACACAACAUUCACAGGGAAAACCAGCACUCUCUCUGUUCCUGGAACCAGCACCACCUCGGUUGCUACCAGCACCACAGGUCCCAGGACUCAUUCUCAGGUAACUCAUUCCCCAGUGACCACCCACUGCCAGCCGCAAUGCAACUGGACCAAGUGGUUUGACAUUGACUUCCCGGUGCCUGGUCCACAUGGAGGGGACCUGGAAACCUACAACAACAUUGAGAGGAGUGGAGAGAGACUCUGUCACCGGCCAGAGGAGAUCACACAGUUGCAAUGCAGGGCUGUGGACCAUCCUAAGAUAGAUCUGGAGGAUCUGGGUCAGGUGGUGCAGUGCGACCCCAGUGUGGGCCUGGUGUGUCACAACAGGGACCAGCAGGGUGACUCUAGGAUGUGCCUCAACUAUGAGGUGCGAGUGCUGUGCUGUCACGUUCCUGAAGACUGCCUCAGGACUGAUCGGACUCCUCCUGUGACAUUAUCCCAUAAGCCUUCAUUUCCAGUUGUGUCACCAUCAUCUGUGUCCCCAUCCUCAUUGACCAGCCCUAGGGUUCGCUCUACCACCCCUUGCUUCUGCAGCGUGUCAGGCCAGUUAUACCCUUUGGGAUCCAUCAUCUACAACCAGAGAGACCUUGAUGGCCACUGUUACUAUGCACUGUGCAGCCAGGAUUGUCAGGUGGUCAGAGGGGUUAGUCAAGACUGCCCCUCCACCAUGCCAUCCCCCACACCAACUCUGUCUACAUCUACCACUCCACCCGUCCAUGAGCGGAAUCGGUGCAAUGUGUUUCCUCCAAGACUGAAAGGGGAGACCUGGCCCAUGCCGAAUUGUUCCCAAGCCAGAUGUGAGGGCAACAAUGUCGUCUCCCUGAGCCCACGCCAGUGCCCAGAGCUGAAGGAACCAUUUUGUGCCAAUGGCUACCCACCUCUGAAGGUGGAUGACCAGGAUGGUUGCUGCCAGCACUAUCAGUGCCAGUGUGUUUGCAGCGGCUGGGGUGACCCCCACUACAUCACAUUUGAUGGCACCUAUUACACUUUCCUGGAUAACUGCACAUACGUGCUGGUGCAGCAGAUCGUGCCUGUGUUUGGAUACUUCCGUGUGCUCAUUGACAACUACUUCUGUGACCUGGGAGACAGUGUUUCCUGCCCGCAGUCCAUCAUUGUCGAGUACCAUCAGGACCAUGUGGUGCUGACCCGCAGGCCAGUUAGCGGGGUCAUGACCAACCAGAUCAUCUUCAACAACAAGGUAGUCAAUCCUGGCUUCCAGCAGAAUGGCAUUGUCGUCUCCCGUGUGGGUGUCAAGAUGUAUGUUACCAUCCAAGAGAUUGGUGUCCGGGUCAUGUUUUCGGGUCUCAUCUUCUCAGUCGAGGUGCCCUUCAACUUGUUUGCCAACAACACUGAGGGCCAAUGCGGCACUUGCACCAAUGACAAAAAGGAUGAAUGCCGCCUGCCUGGAGGUUCCAUAGCCUCCUCUUGUUCUGAGAUGUCUCACCACUGGAAGGUACCCAACCAGCCUUCCUGCCAAGGGCCUCCACCAACUCCAACUUCAGUGGUACCCAAGCCUUCACCCACUCCAUGCUCAUCAUCGCCGCUCUGUGAGCUCAUCUUAAGCGACGUCUUCAAGCUCUGUCAUGACGUCAUUGCCCCGCUGCAGUUUUAUGAAGGCUGCUUAUUUGACUACUGCCACAUGCUGGACUUGGAGGUGGUAUGCUCAGGCCUAGAGCUCUAUGCAGCACUCUGUGCAGCCCAGGGCGUGUGCAUCUCCUGGAGAAGCUAUACCAACAACACCUGUCCAUUCACGUGCCCUGAUAACAAAGUAUACCAGCCUUGUGGCCCAUCCAACCCUCACUACUGCUACCGGGAUGAUGACAUCAGCCCAAGCUUGACCCUUCAAGAGGCUGGUUCUAAGACAGAGGGCUGCUUCUGUCCAGACAGCACAACCCUUUUCAGUACCAAUGACUCAAUCUGUGUGCCUUCCUGCCAAUGGUGUCUGGGGCCUCAUGGGGAACCUGUGGAGCCGGGCCACACCAUCAGCAUCGACUGCCAGGACUGCAUCUGUAAGGAUGCCACGCUGACCUGCCGAAGGAAGUCCUGCCCCCAGCCUACCUGCUCAGAGACUGGCUUUGUGUCGGUGACUGUAGCCCUGGAGGCUGGCCAGUGUUGUCCCCAGUUCAGCUGUGUCUGCAACUCCAGCCACUGCCCUCCACCUCUGCACUGCCCGAAGAAUUCUAGCCUGAUCGUCACAUAUGAGGAGGGAGCUUGCUGCCCAAGCCAGAACUGCAGCCGUCAGAAGGGCUGUGAAGUCAACGGGACUCUUUACCAGCCUGGCGACAUGGUCUCCUCCAGCCUGUGUGAAAGAUGCCUGUGUGAGGUUUCCAGCAAUUCCCUUUCUGAUGUCUUUGUGGUCAACUGUGAGACCGAGCUCUGUAACACCCAGUGCCCUAAGGGCUUUGAGUACCAGGCCACACCAGGACAGUGCUGUGGCCAGUGUAUACAGAAGACCUGCCCCUUUAAAAACAGCAGCAACUCUACCUACUUCUACCGGCCUGGUGAGUUAUGGUCAGAACCUGGGAACCCAUGUGUGACUCAUAAGUGUGAGAAGUUCCAAGAUGCACUCAUAGUUGUGACAAUGAAGACAGAAUGCCCCAAGAUCAACUGUCCAAAGGGCCAGGCUCAGCUGAGAGAAGAUGGAUGCUGCUAUGAUUGUCCCCAGCAGAAAUGUACAGUGCACCAAAGACAGCAGAUCAUCCAUCAGCAAAACUGCAGCUCUGAGGGCCCAGUGAGCAUCUCCUACUGCCAGGGCAACUGCGGGGACAGCACCUCCAUGUACUCCCUGGAGGCCAACACAGUGGAGCACACGUGUGAGUGCUGCCAGGAGCUGCAAACUUCACAGAGGAAUGUGACUCUUCACUGUGAUGACGGCUCCAGUCGGACCUUCAGCUACACCCAGGUCGAGAAGUGUGGCUGUCUGAGCCAGCAGUGCCAUGCUCCAGGGGACACAAGCCACACAGAGUCCUCAGAAUAA